AUGAUUGAUGUGGCUAAGGAACUAGAGGUUCCUUCUUACUUGUUCUUCACUUCCCCAGCUGGGUUUCUAGGGUUCAUGCUUCAUUUGCCAACCCUAGACAAAGAAACAACCACGACUGAGUUUGGUGACUUUAGUAGUGAGCUGGUGAUACCGAGUUUUGUUAAUCCGGUACCCAAGCAAGUGUUACCUUUGGUGAUGCUCAAAAGAAAAGGAGAUGGGUACUUUUGGUUUUUGCAUCAUGCAAAUAGGUAUAGAGAAACAAAGGGCAUUAUCGUGAAUACAUUUGACGAACUUGAACCAUAUGCACUUAAUGUUGUUUCUGAUGGUCGAGGUCCGCCAGUUUAUCCGGUUGGACCAGUCGUUGAUGUCACCGGACCGGAUGACCGGUACUCGGAGAAGGUUGGUCAUGAUACCAUCAUGAAAUGGCUAGAUGAUCAACCUUCAUCUUCUGUGGUAUUUGUGUGCUUUGGAAGCAUGGGAAGUCUUACUGGACCUAAAGUAAGAAAGCUAGCGAUUGGGCUUGAAUGGGCCAAGGUUCGUUUCUUGUGGUCCUUGCGUGAGCCGCCCAAGGCAUUAGGCCUUUCAAGCAAGUAUAUGGAUCUCGAGAAAGCGGUCGAUGACCUUUUAGAACGAAUUAAGUGUUGGGAUGGGCUUGAGAGUGCAUGGUACGGCGUACCAAUUGCUACAUGGCCUAUAUAUGCCGAGCAACAAAUGAAUGCGUUUGAGAUGGUGAAAGAGUUAGAAUUAGCGGUAGGAAUUAAGAUCGAGCAUAGAGAUUACGACGUUUUAGUAACAGCGGAGGAGGUAGAGAGAGCAGUAACAUGCUUAAUGGACGGUGAGGAUCCUGUGAAGAGAAAGGCUAAAGAGAUGAAAGAAAAGAGUAGAAAGGCUGUAAUGGAAAAUGGAUCAUCAUUUACAUCCUUGGCACGCUUGAUUGACGACAUAAUGACCAAUUUUUGA